AUGAGUGACAAAAUACUGUCGUUAAAUCAGACACCGUAUGUUCGGAUCAUUGAACAGCCGGCCAGAGGCGGCACCCGAUUUCGGUACGAAUGCGAAGGCAGAAGUGCCGGAUCCAUACCGGGAGUCAACUCGACGCCCGAUAUCACCACAUAUCCGGCAAUUCAGAUAAUGAACUACACGGGCAGUGCAUUGGCCAUUGUUUCGUGUGUGACCAAAGAUUUCCCGUACAGACAACAUCCGCACAAUUUAGUGGGCGAACGAUGCAGUAAUGGUAUCGCAAAGAUUGUCAUCGACAACAAGGAUAUGAUCGCCACAUUUCCAUCGAUGGGCAUACAGUGCGCCAAACGCAACGACAUACGAGUGCGAUUGAAACGACGACAAGCCCUGCAAAUUGAUCCGUUUGACUGUGGCUUUGAUCAUAUGAAUUGUUCAUCAUUUGAGAUCAAUUUGAGUGCUGUUAGACUUUGCUUUCAAAUUUUGAUUGAAGACCCGAAGACCAGUCAAUACUCAAUACCAUUGCAACCGGUCGUCUCCGAUGUCAUCUUUGACAAGAAAUCGUGUAACGAACUCAAUAUUAUUGACAUAUCAUCGCACACUAUAUCGUCAAAUGGUUCAAAACUUAUGCUUUUUACGUCUUUUGUUUUACGGGACGACAUCGAAGUUAGGUUUUAUGAAUUGGAUGACCAAAAUCAAGUCAAAUGGCAAGACUCUGGAAAAAGACUGUUUAUCUGCAACUGA